AUGAAAUUAGUUAAUAUUCAUUAGACAAUUAGAUCCAAGUCAGAGAAUCGAAGAUAGACAAGUAGAGAAUAAACAAACACAGACCAAAAAUGCAAAUUACCUUAAUUGAUGGAUAAACAAAUCUCUUAAAAAACAUUCAAAAAGCCACCAUUACAAUAAAAAUCUAGGAGAAUCAUUAACUCCAAAAUCCCUAAGGUUGAAAUUUAACUCUAUUAUGGAUCCUUAUCAAAGGCUGGAUUUGAUGGGUUUUGUGAAAAAACCAAUUAAGAUAGAGAGUUUGCUGAAAUUAUAGAUGAUGAAUAAGGAAUUUUUGCUGUUAUGGAUGGACAUGGAACUGACGGUGAUUAAAUAAGCACAUUUGUUAGGGAUUAUUUUUAGUAAUAUGCAAUUAAGGAAUUUAAAACGAUUGAUUUUGUCAAGCUAUUUGCAAGUGCUCAUUCAAAUGUUGCUUCUCAUUCUCAUUUUGAUUCACUUAUGUCUGGUACAACUGCUACUUUGAUAGUUAUUAGAGACUAAGUGAUUCAUUGUGCUUGGGUAGGAGAUUCAAGAGCAAUGCUAUGUUCUAAACAACAAGAUAAAUUAAUUACAACUGAACUCUCUAUUGAUCAUAAACCUCACUUGUUGAAGGAGAAAAAAAGAAUAGAAAAUUAAGGUGGAGCUGUUAAUACUUAUAAACUAUAAAAUGGACAAUCUGUAGGGCCAUCCAGAGUUUAUAUUAAAGGAGCGUCAUUUCCUGGUUUGGCUAUGUCCAGAAGCAUAGGAGAUUAAAUAGCUGAACAAGUUGGAGUCUCUCAUGUUCCAGAUAUCAAACAGCAUCAGAUAACCAGAGAUGAUUUAUUUAUAAUUAUUGGUUCAGAUGGAUUAUGGGAAUUUUUAGACAAUAAUCAAAUAGCAGAAAUAACACAUCAAUACUAUUUGAAUAAUGAUCCACAAGGAGCUUGUCAGAAAUUGAUUUAGGAAUCUAAAACUAAAUGGAAAAAGUUCAGUGAAGGAGUUGAUGAUAUUACUGUCAUUGUUGUCUUCUUAUAGAAUUCAAAUACAUGA